GAGUGGGAAAAAGGAAUGGCGCGCGGGAGGGGAAAAAGAAGAAGACAAAAGCGGCACCGUUUGGGCAAAAAGGGGAAUACUUACAAAAACCCUAGCCGCUCAUUCUCCUCUUCUCUGAUUCCAGUCUCCACUCUCCACAGUCCACACCAGGGAGGCAGCGACGCCGCCCACUCCCGCACUCUGCCCACGCCGACGUCCACUCCUCCUCCCGCCGACGAUCGAUCCACACGGCAGUCCACCCCUUCUCUCGCCGACGAUCGACCCACACCCACAGUGGUACCACUGGAUACCAUGAAGAAUGAUGAGGUGGAGAAUCCUGAUGUGGAAGUUUCUGAAUCAGAAUCUGAACCAGAAGACGAAGAUGUGAAGUUGACAGAACCUUCGAAAGCCUCCAUAUACAACGCGGAUGGUCUCCUAGAUAAACUUGAUGACAUCAGGUGGCCUCAGAAUGUGGAAUGGAUACACAAGCUUUCCCUUGACAUCAAUCAAGAGCAAAAGGUGGACGUGAAUGAUGACCUAGCACGUGAGCUUGCCUUUUACACCCAGGCACUGGAAGGCACAAGACAAGCCUUUGUGAAGUUCCAAUCGAUGCAGCUUCCUUUUCUCAGGCCACCCGACUAUUACGCUGAGAUGGUGAAAAGUGAUUCUCACAUGGUGAAAGUCAAGGGCAGGCUUUUGGCAGAGAAGAGAAAGAUGGAAGAGGCAGACGAGAGAAGGAAGGCUAGAGAGUCCAAGAAAAUAGCUAAAGAGGUUCAGGCUCAGAAGCUGAAAGAGAGGGCCAAGAGUAAAAAGGAUGAGAUAGAGUCUGUCAAGAAAUGGAGGAAGCAGAGGCAACAGAGUGGGUUUGCUGGAGGUGACAAAGAUGGUGAUAUGGGUUUGAGCUUUGAAGAUGGGAAAUCGUUUGAGAAGUCUAAUAAAAAGAGGCCGGGGGUGGCUCCUUUUGAUCGCACUGGUGGGAAGGGAGGCAGAGGUGGUGCUGGCAAGGGGAAGAGAGGAGGAGCAGCAGGUGGAAAGAGGAAGGGUAGGGAUGUCAAGGACUCCAAGUUCGGGUUUGGAGGAAGGAAAGGUAUGAAGAAGCAGAAUACUGCUGAUACUACAAAUGAUUUUCGAAGCUUCAACCAAGGUGGGUCCUCCGGAAAUAAAAAAAGGAAGCGGUAAUGUACUCAUUUUCAUUUGGUUCUGUGAUGUGCCUUUUUGGUUAUUUAUGUUUGCUUGGAACUUUUAAGAUUUGUACGUUCUAUUGCAUUGAGCUUUAAAUUGGAUUUCUACGAGCAUUUCUUCAAGUACUCUGGCGUGUUAAGGCCAUUUGUCGAUUAGUUGAUAUUUUCUCUCAACCUUGAA